GCUCGUACCACAUGGCGGGUCCGGAAUCGUGUGAUCUCGAGAAGCGAAAAAUGCGGAAAAUGGGUACGACGGUUCUAGAUUACUUUACAAAACUAACGGCAGAUAAGGAGCGCGACAGAUUGACUGGCGCCGCGGGUUUAUUGGAAUACUUCUCUCGAUAUGAUCCAAUGGAAACAGAGAAUAAGGAAUUAAAUUAUGCACUGACAAGGCUUUUGCGAAGUUUAGGAGCUUCUCGGGUGGCUAUUAAAAAGGGAUCAUAUACCACGUUGACUGCUUUUUUAUCAACGAAUCCUCAUGUUAGUGUAGCCAGGAUUUUGGACAUCAUGAAUGUUCAGUUACAUCCCGUUAACAGCAAUUCAAAGGGUGAAAAUGCAGAUAUUUACAUGGGUCAAAUACUGACUUGUGGAGCACUUAUACGUUCUAACAUUCUUUUAAAAAGUUCCAAGGAAGAUUGGAUAAAAGUCUUAGAAAUAUUGUUAACUGCAGGAAAAAAGCGCAGUUACCUGUCCUUUAUUUCGACUUCGUUUGUUUUUGAUUUUAUAACAGAACUUGACAAGAAAUCCUUCGCCGUAAUAUGGCCAUUGAUUCAACAGGAGUAUGGCAAGAGUUGGAAAGAGCAAACAUUGGAUACAUUUUAUGGCCUACUCUUUAUACAGGAUAAAUUUCCUGCCAUGGUUAAUAGUACAUUUCUGAAUAAACAUUUAGAAACAGAUGAGAUUAUUGGUGCAAAGUCUAUUCAGAAUCUUAUUGAAUUGCUGACUGACACACCCAGGAUUGUCUGCUGCCAACACCCGGUGUAUAAAAUAUUCUGUGAGAAAUUGGUCUUAACAGAUUAUACAUUAGAAUUUUGGGCAGGCAUAGACAAGCAUUUUUUAAAACCAUCAAAAAGUAUGGAACACUUAUCUUUGGAAAUAUUCAAAUUAAUAAUAUCAAAUGUUAAGGACAAAAGCAUAAUACCAUCUUUAUUGACACCUAAUUUUUUGCAACACAUGUUAAAACGAUUUCAACUUUAUAAGAAGAUUAAAAACGAUGAAGUUUCCUUAGCUUUUAAGGAGACAUUAUCUCUGUUAGUGACCACUGUUUCUGACGAGAAAGUCAAAACGAAAAUUCAAGUUGCAGUACUCAAGAAACUGAUACUAUAUCCAGGCGAUUUAAUGAUAGAAAAAAUAACAGGCACAAAAAUUAUACAAAUGAUAGUUGCAAAGUUAAAUGCAGAAGGUGUAAAGAAGAUAGCAAAAGUAUAUACAGAAAUUGUUGAAAAUAGUAAAGCCAAAGAAAAAAGUAAUACGAAAACAGAAUCUUGGACAAAUGCUGAGAGAGUAUAUGCCGUUCAGUUACUAACAAGGCUGCUUGGACAUCCUGCGGUUACCCUGGAUAAAGAUUGGAGAUUACAUCAGCUCAUAUUUUUGUUUACUUUAGGACUUUGUGAAACACCUACUGUUGGAGGGGAAUUAUCACCACAAAUUAAGGACAGCUUCUAUCGUGCUUUAGACCAGAAGUUUCCAAAAUUACUUGAUUUAAGGACCGUGCUAAGUGUUGUUGUACAUCAUAUUCAUGAAGAAGUGUUCUCGAAACCAUCGUUGAAGCUUCGAGCACCUUUAGCAGACACAGCUAAGCAAGCUUGGAAACGAAUGAUGAGUCUGAUUACAAAAUUAGAACAGAAUAAGAACACAGAAGCAGUACCUAUAUUUCAUACAAUGAAUCUGCACAUGGGUUUACAAUUAUUUUCAGACCCAGAGAUGGCUAUUGGGUCUAUUGAUGAGUUGCAUAGUUGUUUUGACAGAUUGACCAAAAAGAAAUUUAAUAAAUUAAAAAAAAAUAGUGAGAGUAUCAAUGAAGAUGAACCCGAGUGGGUUGAUGUCGUCGUCGACCUUUUGCUGUCGUUGCUGUCACGAAAUAGUCAUCUAUUACGUUCUUUAGUUGGCUGCGUGUUCCCACACGUUUGUCAAUAUCUUACAGCAUCGUCUAUUCAACAGAUUUUAGCAGUUUUGGAUAUAAAAAGUAGCAGAGACCCACUUACUUUGAAAAAUGAUAAACACGAUGAGGAAUCAUCAGUUGCAGAAAGUGAUUCUGAUUCCAGCGCUGAAAGUAACGAAGAAACCGAAAGUGAACAAAAUGAAAACAUGGAGGAAGAGAGUGAUACUGAUUCCAGUAAUGGAUCAGCUGAUGAGGACAGAGAAGAAGAAGAAGAUGAUACUGUAACGGAUCGAUUAAGAUUAGCUGUUCGAGAAGCACUUGGUGACGCUUCUGUGGUGACAGAUGUUGAAGACAUUGAUGUUGAUCAGAUCAGUAAGGAAGAAGGAAAACGACUCAACGAGUCACUGGCAGCUGCGUUCAGAAUUCUUCGGGAGAAUCGGCGCUCCCGUUCUAAAAAGCAAGAAAAAUCUGCGCAGGCUUUAACACAUUUCAGAGUUCGUGUUGUAGAUCUCUUGGACAUGUAUCUAGACUCCUGUCCUUCGAUGGUACUGUCAUUGAGUAUAUUAGUUCCUAUGUUUUCAUUGUUGGAGUUCUGCAUUAAGGAUCCCCAUCAGAAACCUCUGGAAAAUCGUGUCCGUUCGUGUUUGAAAAAGUUCUCAACGGUUCGAAAAUUCAAGGAUACAGAGGAUGUAGAUGAACAGCUGUUAGUCGAUGUGCUGAAGGCAUUAAUUGAGAAAGGGGAACGGUCAGCUUCGGUUUGUCAAGAAAUGGGUGAUAAACUAGCCGAGUGUUGCACAUUUCUCAUUAGAUGUGUACAACAGGCAAGUUUACCUGCGACUACAUUUGUCGAGAUCUGUUGCGAGAACUUAACAGCCUUCUUUAGGAAAAGGGACUGCAUUCUUCCCGUUACUCUAUUCAAGAGUAUUCUGCAAUUAAAUUGGGCUGGAAAUUGGCAACUUGCACCGCUUCUGGUUGAUUUUGCCUUUGACAGCUCAAUCAGAUCUUUCCGUAGAGGACAGGCUUUAGAAUUCCUAACAAUAUUUUAUCGUAAUGACAGAUUAAUUCGAUCCGAUGAAGAACAUACCAAAGUACGUCUUAAAAUGGAAAAGAAAUUAUGUGAGACCAGCAUAAAGUUAUUGCAAGAAUUGAAUUCUAAUUCAAGUAAUAACGAAACGUCUAUAACGAAUAAAGAUAAGGGAACUGGAAAAGUUAGACAGAAGUUUAUUUGCCUCCUAUUCACGUUAUUACACACUGUCCGUUCACACCAGAUUCCACAAGCGUGGGACUGGAAUACUGUAGCAAAAAGUAUGGCAGCGUACAGGGUACUUGUCACAUUAGCGAAGGAUGCUAAGACUGCUUAUAACAGACUAGCUUCCCAAAUUGGUGCACCUAUUAAUAUUGUUCCGAAAAAAGAAGAAAAUAGUAAACCUGCCGCAAUAUGUAACCAACGGUUAGAAGAAAAUGGAGACGUGUGUUCUGCAAGCUCGGAAGGUGACUCGGAAUCUGAAGAGAAGUCUACAAAUAAGGAGGGUAAAAAGAAAAAGAAGAACAAAACUAAACGGAAAGAUAAGCAGAAGUUAAAAAAAGAGGCCCGGGAGCUGCGUGAGAAUGCAAUGUCUGAAGGAUUGCAAUUUGUUGGAUUUAGUUCCUUAAAUUUGUUAAAUGGUAGCACCGGAGACCACGAAUCUAAUCAUAAAAGAGAACAAUUAAAUAAUAAUAACUCAACACCUUCCGUGCAGAAGAGGCCAUUAGGUGACAAUUGCAAUCGGAAGGAACAAUCGAAAAGGAGAAAAAAUCAAGGAGACCCUGCAUGUUAAAAUUAGUAACACAAUUGUCGAUGUAUUACUGUUAUUUUUGUACAAGUGUAUAUCAGACGUAUGUACAUCUGUAAGGCAUAAAAUUAUUUUCAUUGGAACUAUUUCUCUUAGAUCAUAUACUUUGUACAUUGUUUUCAAACAAUGUUAGGUUUUACUACAUUAUUAAGCCUUCCGUUAUUACAACGUUUUAGGGCAUUGUUUCAUCUAAAGCCAGUAGUUCUUGAACUACUCAGACUUUCCCUAUAACUGGGGUCAUAUAACGAACGUGUUAUUGAAUGGCGAUAAAAAUAGCACGACGGAUAAUGGAAUUUGCGAGAAUUUAGACAUUUAAUUACAAUCGGUAAAACGCAGCAGUUUGUAAGCUGUUAUAAAUUGUACUCAAUCAAAAUAGGAUAAAAAAGAAUUAAAUAUUUA